UAUGCAUCGAAACAUCUUUUAUACAUUAGAAUUAGUCACAAUUAUUCAUAUUAGAAACGUGAAAGAUGUAGAAAUCGUCGGGUUCAAUUUCUUUAGGUGUUGUAGUGAAGAAGAAAAAACAUUCAAGGAGUGAUUACGUUAAUUUUUUAUGAAUGUUGUUUAUGAAUGUAUGUAAUUAUUUUUAGUGCAACAUGAAAUAUGUGAAUGAUGUUCAAGAUAUGGCCGGAUUAUAAGAAUCAAUGAUGUCUACCACAAUAUAGAAAAAAUCUUGAAGUGGUACCAUGUGACCCAUUCGAUGAACAGAUAAUGGAAAAAUCGAUACCAGUCACUGAAAAGUCUUUAUCCGAUGAUGAAGAAAAAUCAUCGGAGUCAUCUGUCGACACUUUAACCAACGACUUCGACAUGAGGCUUGAACACGACGACUCAUCUUCCUCUAGCGACAACUUCACCAUGACUAGGAUGAAGAUGAAGAACACAUUCUUUUUCGGAGAGGACCAAGAGAACCAGAGCCCCAGACGAAAAACAACCAAACACUCCACUUUAAAACCCUGUUACGAAAACGCGUCAGAAAAGUAUCAGGACGCCUCGCGGUUGCUACGUUCCAAAGUAAACGAAGAAGACGACGAACAUUACAAUUACAAUCCAGAUGAUGAAGAAAACAGAGUGGUGAUAAAAACUAUUAUGGUUGGUAGCGACUAUCAGGCUCAGGUUCCUGAAGGCAUCUGCCACUAUGACGAUGCUUUACCCUACGAAAAUGAAGACAAGCUCAUUUGGGAUCCACAAAUUGAUGAUGAGGCUGUAGAGGACUAUUUGAAGAAAGCUCUAGCAAUCGACAGGCCUGUACUUCCUCUGGGAUGUCAUCUGCGGGACAAUGAGCAGGCUCUUUAUCUACUCCAGCAGUGUGGUCAUAAUAUCGAAGAGGCUCUUAGAAGACUGAAGAUGAAUAUAGCGUUGUAUAAUGAAGCAAUGUCGCCUUGGUCAGAGGAAGAGUGCCGGAAUUUUGAAGCUGGGGUUAGAGCGUUCGGGAAAAAUUUCUAUCUAACCCAACAAAAUAAGGUACGUACAAGGUCUGUUGGGGAACUGGUGCAGUUCUAUUACCUGUGGAAGAAAUCUGAAAGACAUGAUGUGUUCGCAAAUAAAGUUAGGUUGGAGAAAAAAAAAUAUGCUCUCCAUCCAGGAGUUACUGACUUCAUGGAUAGAUUUCUAGAGGACCAAGACAUGAGAGAUAGUACUUCACCAAAUACUCAAUGUAUUGUGGAUGAGAAAAGGACUCAAGAUAUUCAAAAUUUGAAAACGAAAGAAAAUGAGUUGUGAAAUUUGAUGUUAAUAAACACACAGAUAACCCUUU